UCUCCGGAGGCGGGCCCUGAGGAGGCACCUCCCUUCUGGACAGCCGUCCUCCUUCCCUCCCGAUCUAAGCAGAGAAUCGAAACUGCACUGGGCUCCAUGCAGCAGGAACCUGCCGAGACGAGAUCGCCAGACCUCCCACAGGACUCUGUCCCACCCCAGUCACCCACCAUGCCACCCCCAGAGGCCCCCUCUGAAGGCCACCAGCCCAGCCCCAGCCACAGCCCAGCAGAGGAAGCCAUGGAUGAGGAGUUCCAGUUCCUGAAUUGCCAGGGCUGCCAGGCCCAAGCCAAGUGCCCCAAGCUGCUGCCCUGCCUGCACACUCUCUGCUCGGCCUGCCUGGAGACCCCAGGCCUGCAGUGCCCCAUCUGCCAGAUGCCCCAGCCGGCAGACGCUGUGCCCGCCCUGGACAACGUGUUCUUUGAGAGCCUGCAGCGGCGCCUGACGAUGUACAGACAGAUCAUGGACGCGCAGGCCGCCUGCACUCGCUGUAAGGAGCUGGCCGAUUUCUGGUGCUUCGAGUGCGAGCAGCUGCUGUGCGCCAAGUGCUUCGAGGCGCACCAGUGGUUCCUCAAGCACGAGGCGCGGCCGCUGGCCGAGCUCCGUCAGCAUGAGGCGCGCGAGUUCCUGGACAGCACACGCAAGUCCAACAACAUCUUCUGUUCCAACUCCAACCACCGCAUCCCCACACAGACAAGGCUGGCUCUGUGUGUCCACAGCCUCUACUGCCGAGGCUGCUCCAAGCCUCUGUGCUGCUCGUGUGCUCUUCUGGACCGCGACCAUGGAGACCUCAGGUGUGACAUCGGCACGGAGAUACAGCAGUGGCAGUCUGAACUGGACUCCAUGACGCUUUCGCUGCAGGAGCAGGACCGCGCCUUCGAGGUCGUGCGCGCGCAGGUGCGCUCUGCAGUCCGCCAGCUGGGCCAGGCACGCGCCGACACCGAGGAGCAGAUCCGCGCGCACGUUCGCCAAGUGAUUGCGCACGUGCAGGCGCAAGAGCGUGAGCUGCUGGAGGCUGUGCAAGUGCAGUACCAGCAGGACUAUGAGGGUAUGGCCGGGCGCCUGAGCCGCCUGGACGCUGUGCUGCAGCGCAUCCGCGUGGGGGGCACGCUGGUGCAGAGGAUGAAGCGCUAUGCCUCCGACCAGGAGAUGCUGGAGAUGCACGGCUUCCUGCGUGAGGCGCUGUGCCGCCUGCGCCAGGAGGAGCCCCAGCACCUGCAGGCCCCAUUGCGCACCAAUAGCUUCGAUGAGGUCAAGGUGCGCCUGCAGAAUCUCAUGUCUUGCAUCCCUCAGGGGACAGAUGCAGCUCUUCCCAGGAGAGCCAGUCCUGAGGCCCCCAGAACCCCCAAUGACUGUUCCGUCACUGGCCAGCCCAAUGACGCACAGAAGGCACAGGCACAGGACCUGGGGCUGUCUGAAGCCCAGCCAGCGGCUGAGGUACAGUUGGUACCCAGAGCACACCCUGUGCCCAUCUAUGCCUUCUCCAUGAGAAGUCCCUCAUCUGGAGAGGUCUCUAACAUAAUCUCUCCAAAGAAGAGAAAGUCCUGCCAGACCCAGUGCUCCAGGAAAAGCAUCAAGUUGGAGUCAGAGGAGGACAAGGAGGUGCUCUCCAUCCCCAGCCCCACUAAGCAACCCAGGCCCAGCACCUCCAGGGCAGUCUCUCCCCCUCACCUGGAUGGGCCUACCCAGGCUAAGAGCCCCACCGUGGGAAAAGAAGUCUUGCAGCCCAACAGCACCCCAGUGGCCAGUGUUGCUGUGGAGGCAGAUGAGCGCAUCGUGGUGAUCAGCAGCUCAGAAGACUCUGAUGCUGAGAACUCGAGAGCACAAGAAGCCUCCUGUCAGCCCCUGGGCACAUGCUGGCCCCCAGCUUGGCCUCUUUGGCAUCCUGCCCAGCCUGCUGCAGCCUUGAGCAUCGAGUGUCCCCACCCACCUCCCGAUCGCCCAGAGCUCACCACUGUCCUCGGAAGGAUCUGCACUGGCUUGCACAAGGCACAGAGAGCAACUAUCAGCCUUCACCAUACCAUCCACCAGCAUCAGCGCACUGUACGGACUUUGCCACGACCCGUGGCCCAGGCCACCACCCGGGUUACCACAGUGCCUCCCAGCCAUCCUCACAGUAUCCAGGGGCUUGCUAGCCGCCUGCGGAGCUUCUUUGGCCUGUCCCAUCGGGCACUCAGAGCAGUGCCACACCGCCGCCGUGCCCCCCGAGACUCCCCCACUUAAGCCCAGUGGCUCGACACUUUUUUUGCCCUCCUCUCUCCUUCACGGCCUCCCAGCUUAAUGCGUCUUCCACAGCAGGGUAGGGGAAGCAGGGAGGUCCAGCAGGGUAGGGGCUCCCCAUAGGGAUUUGGGCAGAGCCCCUUGGGAAGACCCCCCAAGUCCCAGUCCCAGUGGAUGCAUCUCCAAUCGCAUCUCCGCCCUCACAUGAGCCUAAGAGGCCCCUUACCAGCCCGGUCCAGGCUCUCCUCAGCUAGGCCUCUGGCAGCCCCAGGAGCCUCCCUUCUCUGUAGCUGCUGGCCCCAUCUUGCAGCCAGACUCCCUGUCCUGGGCUCCAGCUAUGUGGCCCUUGGGCAUGGGCCCUUCCUCACAGACCUCUUUGCCCAAGAAGGAAGCUCUUCUCUCCCCUUGUGCUCUCCCAUUUUCUCAGCCUGUGUCCCCACCCAAUCCUUUCCCUGGGCCUCCUCCAGGAAAAGCCUGUGUGGCUGUCCCAAUCCCUGGCAGAUGUGCUGCCCAAUAAACACUUGCUGAACAAUCACGAUUGCGAGCCCUUAUUCCACGGCUAGCAGGCUGCACUGAGGCUCAGUUCCUCUUGGGGGCGCCAGGUUCCACUUCCUCCCACACUCAAGCAUCCAUGGGGUGGGGAGCGAGGCUCCAUGGUCUAGUGAGGCCCCUGUGCCUCUGAGACCCAGCUCUCGGGGUCUCCUCACGCCCUACGUGUCUAUCUCAGGGGUCUGCCCACCUCCCUUUGGGGCAGGCAGAUGUGAGCAUAGCCUCCCCACUCAGUCCCACCUUCCUCCUGGGUGACAUCAACAUCACCACCCCACCUCUGUUCCUUGACCUCUCAAGGGUUAGCUGCCAAGGCUAUGGCUACCCCACACCUCACCACCACCAUAUCCCAUCUCCAAACUGUUCUGUGUGGACUCUGCAGCUACCUGUUCCUUAAGCCCUUAGUCCUCUGCAGUUAAUCUUCCCCCAGCAGGCAUUGUCCUGGUUCUGGUCAUUCAUGAUCAGGCUUUCUGCUCCCUGCCCCACUGUGCCUCUGGUUAGGCUGAGAGCCCAGGAGGGAAUCAGGAGCCUGCUGCCUCCCUGCUGCCCCCUGGAGGUGAGAUCUGUCAGAGAAAAGCCACCAGAGAGACAACUGCAAAGGACAGACUGCCUGCUGCCUCUGAGGACCUCUGGGUGCCCCGGAUGCCACUCCCUCCUGCACUAUGUGGCUGCUCCCUGGGUUUCAUUGGACCAUCACUAUGUGCUGGUGAAUGCACCUUCUGCUGCUGGGAGAAAACAAGUGCCUCCUGUGGCAUGGGAUCGUGGACAUCUUGCCUAAUUUUGGAUUCACCUGUACCCAUCCAGCCCUUCUCUUGUCAUCUGCAUCAGGUAGAAAGGACAUCUGCCUGCCCCUGGCAUUCAUCCCUGUGUCCUGGUGCAGCCCUCAUCCCUGGGAGCCUCUGUUUCUCCAUCUCUCCUGCAUCUUCUAAUUCUGCUUCCUUCUCAACUGAACACCCUGAAAGAUAUCAUCCUCUCCAGACCCUUGUGCCCCUUGAUGCUUCAUGCUGCCGCUUCCUCAAGACACCUAUCUCUGCCCCUCUAGCUCCACGCCCCUGAGCACAGUAUCUUGCUUAGUCCUGGGUGUCCUUGGCUGCACUCUGGAUCCUCCCUCCACGCCUCUUCUCCACCGCUUUGGUCCUGGCCCUGUACUCUCUCCUGGUUCUCUCUGCUCUGGCCAUGCCCUAGCUGCAGUUACUGUCCUGUUGCUCCUGCCUGAUGGGUGUGGAUCCAGGUACCUCAACCUCAGCCCCUCUUCCUCCUUCUCCAAGAAUGGCUGCACCAUCCAUGUGAUUACACAGGCAGGGUCCCAAGCCACCCAUCCUGCUCCUAUUAGUGGUACCCAGCCAAUUUGGGAGCAUCUUUUCAUGCCUGCGUCCUCUGGUACCUGGGAACUGUCCAUCCUGUGAUUGUGAUAAAGCUAAAGCUAUCAUGGACUGCAGAAGGAAAGGUGCCCAGAGCCUCAUCGGACAUCAGGACAGUGACACUGAGGAGCGGGGUGAGGGGCAUGGGGUGAGUGGGGGCCACAUCCAAUCCCCAGCUGUCAACAAGGAGUCUGGAGGGGCUGUAGGGUUAAUCGUGGGACAGGAUGAGUACAUUUUGGUCUAUGGAAAAGUGCACAGCUAGAAGCUGGUGUUCACUUUAGCUGUGAGGGAGCAGAGGCCACUUCUUCUGUGUGAAUUCCUUUGAGGUGCCUAUAGACAAUUAGCCAUACCAGAAUCCCAAGCAUACAAAGUAUUUUUUAAAAAUGAAUAGCUGUGUGCCCCUGGUGCAUUGCUCGCCCACUUUCUGAGUCCCUUCAGACUGCUGGUCCCCUUAGGGAAGCCACAGCGCUCCCACUGCAAAUUCCCACUCCCUGAGCUGGGGGACAAGGUGCUCCAGGCCACCUGGUCCCAUGUGUUGCCUGCCCAUGGCCUUUGUCAAGCCUCCGCUGAGAGCUGGUAGAAGGCUGGUCUGCUCAAGCAGUGCCUUUUCCAAGUGGCUCAGCACUUGGAGGGGCUGUGGCAUGGACUUCCUCUGCGCCUGUUCUGUCUCUGUCUGUCCAGGGCUCAGGGAGAGACUUGGAGCAAGGAGGUUUGCUGUGUGGCACAGUGAGAGUCAGGGAGUGGAAAGUGAAUCCCAGUCCUGCUUUUGGAAUCCCUUGGUGAGGACUGUGCUUAAAAUGGAACAUCCAUGGUGGGUGAGCAGAACCUGUAGCAGGGCCUGUCUGAGGAUCCCAAGCUGAAGAAGAUAGGUUCUCUCAGCCACUUUUGUGACAGAUGCCCAGCUCCAGAGCCUUGGUAGCAGCUGGACCAAGUGGAAGCAGGAGAGGGCCCCACUGAGGAGGCCACCUUGGGAAGAAGUGACAGUGGUGACCAUCCAGGAAGGGAGGCCAGUGGGAGCAGUUGGUCCUGGCAGGGAGCCAAGGUGCUGGUGAGUGUGCAU